AUGCUACAGACAUUUACUGUGCUUACUAGUGGCUUGGCCAGAAAGUCAGCCCAGUAUCCAAUCCAUUUCAUAAUUGCAACGUCGCUUUUGGCUUCCGCAGCAUAUUUGGCAGUUGUAGAUGAAUACGUGCCCGAGAAUUUCGGCACUCUGAUGUCCAAUGUCAGCUUCUACCAGGGUCCCAGACAGCUGGAAUGGAUCAAGGUCCAAGAUGGUGCCGAGUACGCAACUUCAGACCAUUAUGUGGUCGUACCACUUCUUUUCAGCAGACUUCAUAUCGACACCUUGCCCAACAUAGAAAAUACUAUCGAGGGAACUGCUGCCAACGAGCGCCUUUUGGUUUCACCAGCAGACUCAGUCGAGGAAAAAUUGCAAUCUUUGGACAAGAUCAAUGUCGGCGGGAUCACUUGGAGAGCCAGAAACAACAACCGUCUUGCCAAGUACCACGAUUAUGUGAGAAUUGGUAUUCGUCGUCUUCAAUCUGCCAUCCAGGGUGCUGAAACAUUUGAUAUUGGUUUGAUCACCGUAGCAUAUAUCGCCAUGUGGUAUACAAUCCUCAAGGUGUUUUAUGAUAUGAGACAAAUUGACUCCAAUUUCAGAUUGGCAUUGGCUACGAUUAUUUCCUCAACUUUCGCUUUUCUUUUCGCCUUGGCUACUACCACUCGCUUUUUGGAUGCAAAAGUGCCUCUCUUGUCGCUCUCAGAGGGUAUUCCUUUCCUCGUGGCCAUCAUUGGUUUCAAGCACAAAGUCUCCAUUGCUGUAACCGUACAAAAAGCAACUUUAUCCCAAUUGGAUGCUAAGUCCAUCGUUUCCAGUGCAAUUGCGUCUCACACCGUGAGCUUGCUUAGGGACCAUGUCGUCGUCAUUGGCGCCAUGGCCACUUGUGCCACCUACGCAUCCCAUUUGGUGGGUCUCAGAAACUUCUGCAUUCUUAGUUCUUUCAUCCUCGGUUUCGAUUUGUUCUUAGUUUACACUUUCUUUUCUGCUAUCCUUGCAUUGAAGGUUGAAAUCAGCCGUGCACGUCGCACUGAAACCUUGAAACAGGCCCUUGAAGAGGACGGUGUCUCAAGCUUAGUGGCUCAAAGUGUGGCCGAUCAGUCUUCGAAUAUUGAGUUCCCCGACCAAGAGUCGACCUUCAACCCAAAAGCCGUCUCCCUCAAACUUGCCGUGGUGGCUAUAAUUUUCGGGUUUCAUGCUUUUUCCUUUGGUAGCUCGUGGAUUUACUCUUCCGAAGUUGGCGACCUGUUGUUCUAUUCCGAAACCCCAGUAUUUUCCACCGCUCUUAUUCAACAUAUUGGCUCGAGCUCAAACGGAACCGUGGUCACAGUUGUAGGACAACGCUUGUUCAUGCCAAUGGGUAUAUUCGUUCAAGCCGAGGAUUUAAUUUGGUUGAUUUAUGACAAGAUUAGCAUGGCGAUCAAGGAUAAUUUGAUCUCAAAGUUUUUGCUUGUUGGCUUUAUUAUCUCGAUUGUCAUCAAUGCUUAUUUCUUGAAUGCGUCGAGAUUCCAUAUUACGGCAACUAACAAGUUGAUUGAGAAGGAAAUCUCCAACGGAGAGGCUGGUAAAAAGAGAAAAUCUUCUGUGGUUCAAUUUUUCGAAAAGAGCUUUGCUAAAGGUGGUAAGGACGAAUCGAGUACUUCCGAAUCCGAUAGCUCUGAUGAGUUGACAAUUGCUCCAAAGCAUACCAGAAGUCUCGACACUCUCAUACAAAUCAUGAAGGAUGGACAAACAAAGACGUUAUCCGAUAAUGAAGUCACAAAUCUUGUUGUGUCUGGUAAAUUACCACUUUAUGCAUUGGAAAAACAGCUUCAAGAUAAUACUCGUGCCGUUGUUGUUCGUCGUAAAGCUAUUGCACAAAUGGCUGGUGUUCCUUCGUUAGAUUCUGAUCGGUUACCAUAUAUGCACUAUGAUUACAAUCGUGUGUUUGGAGCCUGUUGUGAGAAUGUCAUUGGUUACAUGCCCAUCCCUGUCGGUGUUGCCGGUCCAUUGAAUAUUGAUGGAAAGUCUUAUCACAUCCCCAUGGCUACUACAGAGGGAUGUCUUGUUGCUUCUACCAUGAGAGGAUGCAAAGCUAUCAAUGCUGGUGGUGGUGUAUCGACAGUGUUGACCCAAGAUGGAAUGACAAGAGGACCAUGUGUGUCGUUUCCUACAUUGGCUCGCGCUGGUGCCGCCAAGUUAUGGUUGGACUCCGAAGAAGGUCAAAAGACCAUCAAAAAGGCUUUUAAUUCUACAUCGCGUUUUGCAAGAUUGCAACAUAUAAAGACGGCACUUGCCGGUACGUUGUUGUUUAUUCGUUUCAGAACCACGACUGGUGAUGCUAUGGGAAUGAAUAUGAUUUCAAAAGGAGUGGAAUAUUGUCUUAAGCACAUGGUUGAAGAAUGCGGUUUCAAGGACAUGACGGUGAUUUCGGUUUCUGGUAACUACUGUACUGAUAAGAAACCAUCUGCUAUCAACUGGAUCGAGGGCCGUGGUAAGUCUGUUGUUGCUGAAGCUCGAAUUCCAGCCGAUGUGGUUAAAAAUGUUCUCAAGUCCGAUGUCGAUGCCUUGGUGGAACUCAACGUGAGCAAGAAUUUGGUGGGCUCUGCAAUGGCUGGGUCUGUUGGAGGUUUCAAUGCCCAAGCUGCCAAUUUGGUUACCGCUGUAUUCUUGGCGUGCGGUCAAGAUCCUGCUCAAAAUGUUGAAUCUUCAAACUGUAUUACUUUGGUAAACAAAGUCGAUGGUGAUCUCGUGAUCUCGGUUUCCAUGCCAUCCAUCGAAGUGGGAACCAUUGGUGGUGGUACCAUAUUGGAACCUCAAGGUGCCAUGUUGGACUUGCUCAGAGUAAAGGGCCCUCAUCCUACCAAUCCAGGAGAAAAUGCUCGUCAAUUGGCCCGUGUCGUUGCUUCUGCGGUUCUAGCUGCUGAGCUUUCGCUUUGCUCUGCCUUGGCAGCUGGACAUCUCGUUCAAUCUCAUAUGCAACACAAUCGUAAAGCGCCAGUCGCUUCCACAGAAUCAGCUACUGCCAAUGGGUCCAAAAACAUUGCUUCAGCCGAUCGUGACCGCCUCUUGCAAGGCUCGGUUAACUGUAUCCGCUCAUAA